AUGGCUGAUCCUGACAAUGGCAUCCCUUGGGUCUUGACCAGCUGGACACGUGCACCAAAGACAGAGGCCAAGAACAAACUAAGAGGGCAGAAGGCCAGGAAUGUCUUCCGCAUAGCGAGCCACAGAAACCUUAAGUAUAAAAUCAAAGCCAAGUCAGUUAGCACGAAUCUUAGGAAGAUAAACAAUGUGAAUGAUGAAAAUAGUGAGGGAGUAAAUAAAGUUUUUCUCAACAUACAAGAGGAACCCACACACUUCUCAAAAGGUCUUGCCCUUGAACAUCUGCAGAAACAACUGGUCCCUCAGCAGCAUCAAGAAAAUGGAUCAGUUAAUGCUGCCGAGGCUACAAGUUUAGUAGCCCAGUUAUACAUCUAA